UCUAACAAAAAAAAAAAACGUUAAUUGAAAUCCCGGUUAAAUAAUUAACAACAAAAGCUACACUCCCAAAUUUGUUUUAUUUUGAAAAUACACUCAUGUACGAAUAUACUGCGACAACAAUAAUGGCAAAACAAAAAUUUAAAUUAAUUCAAUUUGCACUCAUCUUUAGUGUUUUUGUGAUCAACACUAAAGCUUUUGCUUACGAAGCUCCUUCAAGUUGCUAUAAUCCAAAUGGUCGUAGCGGUCUGUGUGUCUCCAUCUACGAGUGUCAAUCACUUUUAAAUGCUUUACAAACUCAUGAACAAGCUGCUUUCGCUUUUGCCCGUAAAUCUGAGUGCCCGCCAAAUGGUCAAGGUCGCCGACCGUACGUUUGUUGCACUUCUGACACCGGUUUUACCACACGCACCAAUUUAAACGGUCACCGUAUUAUUUUCCCUAAAGAUGCCGACUAUGAAGAUGAUCAAACAUCAAGUACUGUGGUGACUACAGCGAGAUCACCCAGAGACAAGGAAAAUAUUCAAAAGCCCGGUGCAUCUUUGUUCCCAAAACCUCCCGAGUGUGGUCCCAUUACAAUUGGCAACAAAAUCUAUGGCGGUGAGGAAACAGAACUGGGAGAGUUUCCCUGGUUGGCAAAUUUGGAGUAUAAAAAGUCCAAUGGAGACAUGGUAUCCGUCUGUGCGGGCAAUAUAAUAAACCAAAGAUAUCUGCUAACAGCAGCUCACUGUGUCAAGGGUGAAAUUGAAGUUAAAAUUGGAAAAUUAGUAUCAUUGCGUGUGGGUGAUCACAACUCACAAACUCCGGUCGAUUGCAAUAAUUUUGGAUGUUUAGAUGCCUUUCAGCGCAUGGGAGUGGAAAAGAUUAUCGUACAUUCUGAUUAUGGUUCCUACAAUGGUUAUCACAAUUACAAUGAUAUUGCUCUAAUAAGAGCUGAUCGAAAUAUGGAAUAUUCAAAUUCAGUGGCACCAAUAUGUCUACCAAAUGUUGUACCACAAAUGCCACAAUUAAGAACCGGCUUGAAACUAUCAGUGGCUGGUUGGGGUCAUACGGGAACAACCAGAUACAGUGCCGAAAAGCGCAAAGUGGAAUUGCCCUAUGUGGAAAAUAAUGAAUGUAGCAUUAAGGUGGCACCCGAACAACUGUGUGCCGGUGGUGAAUAUAAAAAAGACAGUUGCACUGGUGAUUCAGGUGGGGGUUUGGUACGUUUGGCCGGUGACUUCUGGGUUGUGGAGGGUAUUGUAUCGUAUGGUCGAGGUUGCGGUUUAGAGCGACCAGGAGUUUAUACCCGCAUUAGCAGUUAUAUUUCAUGGAUACAAGCCCAUGUUCAGCCAUAAUCUAUUACCUUUUUUAUAAAUUUUAUUUCUACGUUAGUGUUUUUAUUAACCUAUAU